AUGACUUUUCCAAGAUCACACUUUCAAGGAACUCAUGACAGUGAAGUCGACCCAAGUAGAAUUACACAUGUUAAUGAUGUUGCACUUGAUCGUAAUUUCACAUCACCUAAUCAACGAAACAACAUGAGUCAAUCUGAUACAGAAUCAGGACAUGCUUUUCGAGUAAAGCACAAUAUUGCUCAAAAUUUCAAAAAUAAUAUGAUGAUGGCAAAAUCCCGGUUGCCUCAUCCAGUUACCUGUAGACACUACAAUGAAAGAUCGUUUCAUCAUGAAUCAUGUGACACGUGUUGUAAUGGUGGAAAGGUAUCACUCUCACGAGUUGAUGCUCCUAUAGAAUUGCAACAAUCAUUUUUGGAUGGUUCAGCUGAAGGAAAACAUUUCAGGCAACAUAUUCGAAGUUACAACCAUGUGCUUUCAUUCACUUCAAUUGGUGUUCACGUUGAUGAAAAUAUCCUUGCAUCUGGUCGUGGUAUAUACACAUUUCGUGCUCAAGGUGAUUUUUACCAUAACAUAGGAGGUUUCUAUCCAAAUGAGGGUGUCCGACCACGUUUCUUACAACUAUGCAUCUACGACACCGAUAAUGAGCUACAUAAUAGAAUGCAGGAAAAUCCACAACUGCACCAAAAUGUAGUUCACAACUUAUAG